AUCCUGGCUCCUCCCUUUCCGAUCCUCUAGUUCCGGUCUUCUGCCUCCAUGGCCCGGUUGUUCCCCGUCCUCCUCUCGCUGCUUCUUUGCGGCUACGUGCGGCCCAUCGCUUUUUCGCUGCCGCCCAACAGCCGUAAGUGUCUGCGUGAAGAAAUCCACAAGAACGUGCUUGUGACUGGAGAAUACGAGCUGUCUGAGGUCCACAAUCAGGGCCAAGUGCGGCUAAAGAUUACAGACUCUGCUGGACACAUUCUGUACUCCAAGGAAGAUGCUUCUAAGGGGAAAUUUGCUUUCACCACUGAGGAGUAUGACAUGUUUGAGGUCUGCUUCGAUAGUAAGCUACCAGCAGGUGCUGGGCGAGUACCAGAUCAGAUGGUCAAUCUCAUUAUGAAGCAUGGAGUUGAGGCAAAAAAUUAUGAAGAGAUUGCCAAGGUGGAGAAGCUUAAACCGCUUGAGGUCGAACUACGGCGUCUUGAGGAUUUGUCCGAAUCUAUCGUCAAUGAUUUUGCCUAUAUGAAAAAGAGAGAGGAAGAAAUGAGGGACACAAAUGAAUCCACCAAUGUACGUGUUCUUUACUUCAGCAUUUUCUCUAUGUGUUGCCUAAUGGGACUGGCCACCUGGCAAGUUUUCUAUCUGCGCCGUUUCUUUAAGGCCAAAAAACUAAUUGAGUGAAGAAACAAUUUUUACAGAUACACAGCUGGCCUCUCCAUCCAUCAGGCGUUUGCAUCUGGGAAAUGUUUGCAGAGCUGCUUCCUACUUCUCAGUCUGGGUUAUCCAUGGAUAUGUCUGUUUAAUUAUGGAAACCUCAAUAAGCUACCACAGAUCUCCAACAUUGUCGAAGUGCUCUGUGUUUUCACCAACAAUAUGGUGAAAUUUAAGACCAGCACUACUCUAAUUUUUCUCUUCUGAUUCUAAUACUCUGCAAACUUUGCUGCAUAUUUUGGAUUUUUUUUUUCCAACAAAGGUGUGGGAUGUUUUUUUUUUUUUUUCUAUUGUAAAAAGAGAAUAUUUUCAGAAACCCAGUUCUUGAUAAAAAGUGUAAUAUGGUGAAAACAUGAACAAAAUAAAUUGGUAGCUUAUAG